UUCAUAAUGUCCUCCAAUAAGUUCUUUUUUAUAUUUAAAGAUUCCAUGAUUGAGAGCAAUAAUGUGAGCCUGAGCAUCAUAUCCUUGCGCAAUCCUGCCACAAGAAAUGAGUCAAAAUAUUUAAUCCGACGCCGAGCGAAAGAAUCCACCCUCUACGAAGUGAAUUGCUUCAACGAACAGCAUCGUUCAUGGUUUAUUAAUGAGGCGGUGUGUUCCAAUGGGAAAAUAUUUCUUCCCACACCGAUCGAUCCUCUGUUUUUGGUGCUCCCGUACCUGGUAGAAAACUGCAGCGAACGAGCAGUUCCACUCGAUCAGAUCAUUGUGGACGGCAAGUUCCCACACACUUCCAGGCUGACCGAUGUAUUGUGCCCGUCCCGGAUGACUCUAGUGGCGGAUGAAAAGUGUGCCGGCGAUAUACACGCGUUCAAGUACAACGAGACAAAAACGCUUGAAUGGCUCGUAACUAAAUGCCACCGAUUGUGUAAAGCGAUUGGCAAGCAGGAAGGACCUGCGGCUCGUUCGUUAAACUACAUCAAGGAAGAAAAAGAGAACGAAACGGAAGAGGACGAUAAAAGCACACUGCAUACGGCAUUUGGGAUUGUGGCCGAUUAUUUAUCGCUCGAGUUUGGGCGGAAACUGGCCACGGCGUUGGGUUUCCCGGAGGAUGAAAACAUUUCCAAAAAGCGUAAAUCGAUAGUGGACCUGGAAUCGGCGGUGGUGAAGAAAAUCAAGAAGGAAGACAUCCACGAAACCACCCCGAUAAAACUCCCGGCGUCCGAGAAGAAAGUGUCGGCAAAAGCAAAAGCCCUUGCAAAGGCAGCCAGUGGGUCGAAAAGUAUUUCGAGUUUUUUCAAAAAAUAAACACACCCCUCAUG